UGUGGCGUGCAGUUUAAGAUCAGGGCGGAAUUAAAAAGUACUUUCUCGAAAUCCUUGCGGCUCCGUUCAAAAUGCCGCACAAGCGUAAAACCCGACUCCAUGUGAACCAGCGGAACUGCACCACGCGACGUGUCCAAUUGGCGCCUUCAGCACCGCCAAAUGUCCACGUCGAGUCCUGCAACGGCCAUGGCGUGGAGAUCCCGACGCCGCCCCGUCCGAAGGGCAAAGUGUGCCAACUGAGGACAUCCUGCAAACCUUUUACGUUGGACAAGUUAGCCGUGCCCCAAUACAAUACCACCGUGCGCAAGCAGAACGAGGUUCGAAUCAUCUCCAGCGUUAUGCUAGACAAGAAAUUUAGUCCGGAGAGCAUGGCUUCAAUAGCUCCCAAGGUAACCCAGAAGAUGAAUUUCCCGAUGGAUCAGGCGGUCUUUCAUGAUCUGGUGACCCUGAACGUCAACGAUUCCAUUCUGGUGCCGAAGAAGAGCUCGUUCAAGAGCAAGACGUCCAAGGAAACCGAACCGAGCAAGCUCAAAGGCGAGCCCCAAUUGGCCGACUAUGCGGAGAAGGUCGAAACCCUUGAGAUGGCCAUUCCAGAGCCCGAGCUCCAUUUGGACUUCACACCAGAACCCUUCGAUUUCCUCGGCGCGUACAAGAAGAUCUUCUGUUAGAGUUACAUUUUAUUUAUAAAUAUAUCCGAGUCGCAUGCCAGUUAGUGCAUCCUUAA